AUGAUUCUGCUGAAGAUGAAGGAGACAGCCGAGGCCUACUUGGGCACCAAGGUGAAUGAUGCAGUCGUCACGGUGCCGGCCUACUUCAACGAUUCUCAGCGCCAAGCCACCAAGGAUGCUGGAACGAUUUCCGGCAUGAAUGUGCUGCGCAUCAUCAACGAGCCAACUGCCGCGGCCAUUGCAUAUGGCCUGGACAAGAAGGGCAGCGGUGAGAGGAACGUGCUCAUCUACGACAUGGGUGGCGGCACCUUCGAUGUGUCGCUGCUGACCAUUGAGGAUGGCAUCUUUGAGGUCAAGGCCACUGCAGGAGACACUCACUUGGGAGGUGAGGAUUUUGACAAUCGAGUAGUGGACUUUUGCAUGCAGGACUUCAAGCGCAAGAACCGUGGAAAGGACUUGGCGGGCAACCAGCGAGCCAUCCGCCGACUGCGCACGCAGUGUGAGCGUGCCAAGAGGACCCUGUCCUCAUCCACGCAGGCCACCAUUGAGAUUGACUCCCUCUUUGAGGGCAUUGACUACAGCUGCUCCUUGUCUCGGGCACGCUUUGAGGAGCUGUGCAUGGACUACUUCCGUAACUCCAUGGGCCCUGUGGAGAAGUGCCUCAAGGACUCAGGCAUCGACAAGAAGAGCGUGCACGACGUGGUGCUGGUGGGUGGCUCCACGCGCAUCCCCAAGGUGCAGUCCAUGAUCCAGGAGUUCUUCAACGGCAAGGAGCCAAACAGGUCCAUCAACCCAGAUGAGGCUGUGGCAUAUGGCGCGGCGGUGCAGGCUGCUAUCCUGACUGGCGAGGGCUCAUCCCAAGUGCAGGAUCUCCUGCUUUUGGAUGUGACGCCGCUCUCCAUGGGCUUGGAGACCGCAGGUGGUGUGAUGACCAAGUUGAUUGAGCGCAACACAACCAUCCCGACCAAGAAAGCGCAGACCUUCACGACCUACGCGGACAACCAGCCGGGUGUGUUGAUCCAAGUGUUCGAGGGUGAGCGCGCCAUGACCAAGGACAACAAUUUGCUAGGCAAGUUCCACCUGGAUGGCAUUCCUCCGGCUCCCCGAGGUGUGCCACAGAUUGAGGUGACCUAUGACAUCGAUGCCAACGGAAUCUUGAACGUGAGCGCCUCCGACAAGUCCACUGGAAAGUCCAACCAGAUCACCAUCACCAAUGAGAAGGGCCGGCUGUCGCAGUCGGAGAUCGAUCGUAUGGUGCAAGAGGCAGAGAAGUUCCGUGCCGAGGAUGAGGCCAACAAGCAGAAGAUCGAGGCCAAGAACGGCUUGGAGAAUUACUGCUUCACCAUGCGCAACACCUUGAACGAGGAGAAGCUGAAGGACAAGUUCGAGGGCGGUGAUAAGGAGAAGAUCGAGUCUGCAGUGCAAGAGACCCUGGACUGGCUGGACAAGAACCAGUUGGCUGAGAAAGACGAGUUUGAGGCCAAGCAGAAGGAGCUGGAGGGCGUUGUGAACCCCAUCAUGAUGAAGGUGUACCAGGCUGCCGGCGGCGGUGACAUGCCAGAAGGUGGCAUGCCAGGUGGUGGCAUGGGUGGCGCUCCUGGCGGCAACAGCGGCCCCACCGUCGAGGAGGUGGACUAA